GCUUUUGUAGCGAGGAGGUGCGCCACUUCCGCUAGAAGUUUGACUGAAACCGGGGAAAGGCGGGAGUCUGGCUGCUCCUGUCGGGGCCGCUCGAGGCCCGGGUGAACGUCUGGCUGCGGCUUCUCCCCCGGUGUGGCGGAAGAGGUCCCUGGAGCUUAGUUUGGUUGCUGGACGGGAGGGCAGAGGUCGCAGUUUCGGGUGGGCAGGAUGCGGGUGGCCGUGACUGGCUGCUGUCAUGGAGAGCUGGACAAGAUCUACGAAACGCUGGCGCUGGCGGAGCGGCGGGGCGGGGGGCCGGCGGACCUGCUGCUGUGCUGCGGCGACUUCCAGGCGGUGCGCAACGAGGCCGACCUCCGCUGCAUGGCCGUGCCCCCCAAGUACCGGCACAUGCAGAGCUUCUACAGGUAUUACUGUGGUGAGAAGAAAGCUCCUGUUCUUACAGUCUUCAUUGGAGGAAAUCAUGAAGCUUCUAAUCACUUGCAGGAGCUACCUUAUGGUGGCUGGGUGGCACCAAACAUAUAUUAUCUAGGAUAUGCUGGAGUGGUUAAAUUCCGUGGUGUAAGAAUUGGUGGAAUCUCUGGUAUCUUCAAAUCUCAUGACUACCGCAAAGGACAUUAUGAGUGCCCUCCUUAUGAUCAAAACUCAGUAAGAAGUGUAUACCAUGUGAGAAAUAUUGAAGUCUUCAAAUUAAAACAGCUGAAACAACCUAUUGAUAUAUUCCUGUCUCAUGACUGGCCAAGAAGUAUAUACCAUUAUGGCAAUAAAAAACAACUUCUUCAAACAAAAUCCUUUUUUCGACAAGAAGUCGAAAACAACACAUUAGGAAGCCCUGCGGCUUCAGAGCUUUUACAUCAUUUGAAACCUACUUACUGGUUUUCUGCACACCUUCAUGUGAAGUUUGCAGCUUUCAUGAAACAUCAGGUAGCCAAUGAUGGACAGCUACCAAAAGUAACCAAAUUUUUAGCCUUAGACAAAUGUCUGCCACACAGAGACUUCCUACAGAUAAUAGAAAUACAGCAUGACUUGAGUGGACCAGACUAUUUGGAAUACGACCUUGAAUGGCUCACCAUUCUAAAGGCUACUAAUAGUCUUGUAAAUGUGUCACGAGGCUCAUGGACUAUGCCUGAAAAUAAUGGCCUCCAUGCAAAGUGGGAUUAUAGUGCAACAGAAGAAGCAAUGAAAGAGGUAUUGGAAGAAAUGAACCAUGACCUGAAAGUUCCUUGUAACUUCAGUGUGACAGCUGUAUGCUAUGAUCCUAGCAAGCCCCAGAAACACAUGGAGUUAGUUCAUAGGAUCAGUCCUCAGACCACAGAAUUUUGUGCCCAGCUUGGCCUCACUGAUAUCAAUAAUAGAAUUCAACAGGUGAUAGAAGAAAGUUCAUUACGUGGAGAUUAUGAUGAGGAAGUGGACAGUAAUGGAUCAGGAGAAGAACCAAGUGAAUAUAACACAGAUAACUCUGUUCUGUCUUCCUCUAUUAACCCUGAUGAAAUAAUGCUUGAUGAGGAUGAUGAGGGUGAAGAUAGUAUUACAGGUCUACAUAGUGACAUUAGAACUCCCUCAGUGGAGCCCUCAUCUGAGCAUCACCCUCCUGACUUUUCAACAAGCUUCUCUGAUAUUAGGAUCUUACCAGAUUCCAUGGUAGUAUCUUCUGAUGAUACAAUGAAUUCCACAAAUGAACUGGAGAAAUCUAGUGAAAAUCAGGAAUCAGAAGGGAAGAACUUAAAUGAGAAACCCUUUAAAAGACUAAGUGAUGAAACUGGAAAUGGAAACCACUUGCAAAAGAAAAUUAAGAGAAGGAAUCAAGCUAUCUAUUCUGCAGAGGAUGACAGUAAUGUAGAAUGAAAGAAAUAAGGAAGACUACAUAAACUUUGUUUUAUACAGAAUAAAUUGUAGUAUAUAUAAACAAUUUACUUUUUGUAGUCAGAUGUCAUUGAAUUUGACUGUUUGUACUGGACUUAACCCAACAUUUGUCAAUGGAAUCAACACAAGAAAUUUCAACAUUUGCUUCUGGGGGUGGGGGUUUGUCUGUGUCUGUGUUUAACUUCUUAUAUAUUCCAGAUUAAAUUCAUUUUUUCUGAAAGUGAAAA